CGAGUCGGCACAAAUUAAAUCUUCAUCACGAUUCGUAGUCCGCGUGUACUGUGUGUGUGAUGCGUGUAGUUUUUAGCCGGCAGUCGCCGAGUAAUUUGGGUCACUUGAUUGUUCAGUCGUCGGAUCAUAGAGUAAGGACAGAAGAAGUCUCAACCAGUGUUCAGUAUAGACAGUAUUAUCUUCAAUAUUUCAAGUAACAUUUUAAGAUAAAUCGUUCUUGUUGACACGAACUGCGCAAGUUUAGCUGGCCAAAAGCCAAAAGCUGGGUGAAGCAUGGCUGAAGCCCGUAGCGCUGUGAGGGAGCCCAGGGUUGAUGUGCUGUAUUUUGAGGAGGGUAAAGAGGAUGAAUGGAAGGUUGGCUUGGAGUCUCUGCGUAGGAGCUGCGUCAGACGCUUUUAUCGCACAAGAAAUCUAAUCUGGAAUGGACUUUGGCCAACGUCCUCCUGGAACCUUUUAGUUUCGGUGGCGUUUGUUUCGUUCUUAAUGGUCCUGGACUUUGACUUCUGCAGUUCACUCAACAAUAAGUUCUGGACACUUGGAGAGUAUGUGUACAUUUCCAGAGGACCGCCGUACUACUACUUAAAGGUGUUGGUAGUAUCCUUACUUGUAGGUGUCUGUUUCUUCAUCUCGUUGCUUCAUGUGAGACGCUACCUACUGCGUAUCCUACUGGCAUACAAGGGAUGGUUACAUGAAACACCCAAGAAUCAAUCUUGGAGUACCCUUGGGUGGGCAGUCUUAGUACGUAUCAUUAGCGGUCAGUCUUUCAGUGCUCUGAUACCAGCCCUUUGCCCAAGCACCUACAGCUACCAGCUCAGCUUGCCGCGUAUGCCUGUGCCGUCCCUGGACGAUACCAUCUCACAGUUCCUGGCCUCCAUGGAGCCGCUGUUGGAUACAGAGGAGUACAAUCAGCUACAAAAACAAGCUAAGAAUUUCAAGAGAACUGUUGGACCCAAGCUACAGAGGCUGUUACAUUUGAAGGCAUGGUGGGCAUCCAACUACAUCACUGACUGGUGGGAGAAGUACAUCUACUUGAUGAACAGAGCACCAAUAGCUGUAAACUGCAACUACUACUGCCUUGGGAAUGCUUUCUGGAAACCCACCCAUAUUCAAACAGCAAGAGCUGCCUCACAGAGCUAUGCCUUCAUGUGCUUCAAGCGGAUGAUAGAAAGGGAGCAAGUACCCCCUCUUGUGAUCAGAAACACCAUUCCGAUCUGUAUGCACCAGUACGAGCGAAUGUUCUCCACCGUCAGGGUGCCAGGCGCAGACUUUGAUGAACUUGUUCACUAUGACUCUUCUGUUUCUAAGCACACCGUUGUGUUACGGCAAGGUCUGUACUACAAACUGGACAUGUACGACACCAUGGGUCAGCCUCUCUCACCUUUGACCCUAGAGCAACAGUAUUCAUGGAUCAUUGAAGAUGCCGACAAGAAGAUAGCUGAAGGGAAGAUUUCUGGAUCUCCAAGUGCCUUCACAACCCUAGAAAGGACAGACUGGGCGGAGAAGCGAUCAAGGUACCUGUCGUCCGGGGUCAACCAAGAGACGUUGGAGGUCGUCGACAAAGCAGCCUUCCUGGUGAAUCUAGAGACCUGUGAGUUUGACAAUCUGAGUGACAGGGCCAAGUUCUUGCUUCAUGGGAACGGAUCCAGUCACUGGUUUGACAAGAGUCUCUCCAUGUUCGUCUUCACGGACGGCAAGUUUGGCUACAAUAUCGAGCAUUCAUGGGGAGAUGCACCCGUCGUUGCCCACCUUCAAGAAUAUGCAUGCACUGACGAGGUGAUGGACAAUCGCUACGGUCCAGACGGUCACUGUAAACCCAUGGAGGGAUUUGUCCAGGCGGCCAUUAAGGCCCCGACACCGCUAGAAUGGGAGGUCAGCGAAGAGAUGACCGAAGAUAUCCAAGACGCCAUUGAGUUUAACAGAAAGAAUAGCGAGGACUUGGAUCUUGUAGUCAUAAAUCAUGACGACUAUGGCAAAGGGUUCGUCAAGAAAUGCAAGGUGAGCCCAGAUGCCUACAUCCAGCUAGCUCUGCAGUUGGCGUACUUCAUGGACGAAGGGAAAUUCGCGCUGACAUACGAGGCAUCUAUGACACGUCUUUACCUGAAUGGCCGAACUGAGACGGUCCGUCCCCUGACCCAAGACUCUUGUGAAUUCGUCCGAGCGAUGGUGGAAGAUCACCACUCGACAGAAGAGAAGAUUCGUCUUCUACGCAAGGCAUCAGAGACCCACACUAAGCUCUACAAGGGCUGUAUGAGCGGCAAAGGCUGGGAUCGCCACCUCUUUGCACUUUACGUGGCGUGCAAGGGCCUGAAAUAUGACAGUGAGUUUCUUCACCACGCGCUGACUCAUCCCUGGACCCUGUCAACCAGUCAGACUCCACAGCAGCAGAUAGCUGGUAACCCUACCCUCAAUCACCCUGACCACAGAGAUAAGGCCAGUCCAGGGGGUGGAUUCGCACCAGUAUCUGACGAGGGUUACGGCGUGUGCUACAUGCUGCCGGAAGACAGUCGCUUCUUCUUCCAUGUCUCAUCCAAGCAUUCCUGCCCAAUGACCGACUCCAAGCGCUUUGUCAGUAACAUCUUCAAGGCGCUCGCCGAUAUGAAGAAACUCUUUGUGGAGGGAUGGGAGGCGGAAGACGCUAAGAAGAAAUAAGGAGGAGACGGCUUCCAAGAAUCAUGUGUGUGUGUGUGUGUGUGAGCUUAUGGAAAUGCCCUUGGGGGUCUUUAAACUUAAUCUGCCAAAUGUUUACUUAUAUUAAGACCCGUUCGUACUUCCUGCAACUGCGAAGUGCAUUUGGACGUCACAUGGCUGUUUCCACAGCGAAUGUUUCGUCAAAAUUUGUAUCGCAUACGCAGGAGGUAUGAACGGGGGCUUUACUGUUUGUUUAGUAUCAUGCUGUUUACAUCGCAUUAACGUUUGACCUUCAGCAUUACAGGGUCAGUAAAACAAUGAUGGGUGCUUGGAGUGUUCAGUCAGAUUCAUCAUCGAGGUCUUGUUUAUGUGUGGUGAAAACAAAGAACUUUCUUGGCACAUGGGAUAUUUUUGUUUUCUGAGACAACAAUAAAUGACUAAAGCCAAGUUCCCAUUAAUUUGACAUUUUUGUUUGUUAAAGAACGACUACAUUUCUGUAGAAUGACAAAAUUAAAUCCAAUGGGGACGCAUGGUAACCUGACCUCUCUGUCAACGUACCGCAACUGUAAAGUAAAACUAACAGGCCAAAAGAGGUCGCGGAAGACAAACACGCAGCCACAGUAACUUGACAUGGCCGCUAAAAAGUCAAAUGGGAACAGCUCCGCGCUGUAAACCUACAUUUGCUAUGCAAAUGUCGCGGAAUAUAAGUCAAGGUGUGAACGCACAGUAGAAAACGCUAAAGCCAGUCACGGUAAUGGGAACACCGUGUUAAUGUAUGAACAUUUUUAAAGCAAUGUACACACUACACACUACAAUGAUAUUUGUUGUUGAGAUCACACACACGAGGGAACACAACUCCAAAGGGAUAUGCCAAAGUUGAAUUCAUUUCAACCACAUUCAUGAUUUUUAAUAACAAGUUUUGCGAGUGUAGAGUAAAACUUUUACACCAACUGUUGCUGUUUCGUUUUUAGAUGGCGUUUAUUGAGAGUAAAGUAUAUGUAGUUAAUGAAGUACACGUGUAUUAUUAUAUAAGCCACUACAAUGCAAAUUUAACCAGCAUUCAGCAUGAAUCUGUUUGUGCUUGUGUUUUUAGGAUGUUUGUUUUGAGGUCACACGCUAGUAUAUUUUACCAAGAUUUGUAUUGUUAAAAGGUUUUUAUUAUGGUUAAGUUGAUAAUUUUCAUGUCUUCAAACUUAAUCUUAAAAUGAUUAACCCUAAGAGACCACAGUGGCUGGAAACGCCUUGCAAUAUCUGACCUGCCUCCACUCAACCUUUAAAGGGUGUAUGUACUUUUUGUAGGACAAAAAACACAAUGUCCACAGAUUUACACAAAACUUACACAGU